CUGGCGGCUGCUCCACAGUGGGAGGCUGGGCCGCGAAGGAGCAGCGGUCGCGAGAGGCUCAUCUUUUUAUGGAAUUCCAGCAGUUGCGGAGGAGAAUCGGUCGAGAGAACACGUCACACAACAAAGCCACCGACUGGUGCCUUGUUCAAAAUGAGGGUUCCCCGAGUGUUGAUCGCAGCCAUUUUGGUGCUGCUGGUGAUCGACGUGGUGACCUCAGAGAAACUGAGAAAGUACAAGAAGUUCAAGCACCCCCGCAAGUCUACCACGACCACAAGCACCACCACAGAAAGUGAGGUGCAGAUUGAUGAGGACGAAGAUGACGCUGACCAGGAUAAUGUUCAACCUCAAGUCGAUCCCUGUUUGAAGAAGCACUGCGGUGCAGGUCGUAUUUGCCAGAGCACCGAGGAAGGCGAUGCCGAGUGCAUUUGCAUUGAAACCUGCCCUGAGGAAACCGAUCCGCGCAGAAUGGUGUGCACCAACCAAAACACAACUUGGAAUUCGGACUGCGAGGUGUACCGAAUGCGUUGUUGGUGUGACAAGGGCAUGGAGAAGUGCCAGGACGACAGCAUGAAGCACCUGCACAUCGAGUACUACGGCGAGUGCAGAGAAAUGCCGGAGUGCAGCGACGAGGAGAUGGACGACUUCCCUCGCCGCAUGCGUGACUGGCUUUUCAACAUCAUGCGGGACAUGGCCGAGCGCGACGAGCUGACCCAACACUACAAGGAGAUGGAGCUGGAGGCUGAGAACAACCAGACGCGUCGCUGGACCAACGCCGCCAUCUGGAAGUGGUGCGACCUGGACGGCGAGCCGCACGACCGCAAGGUGUCCCGCCACGAGCUCUUCCCAAUCCGCGCGCCCCUCAUGGCCCUCGAGCACUGCAUCGCGCCCUUCCUCAACAACUGCGACGAGAACGACGACCACAAGAUCUCCCUCAAGGAGUGGGGCAAGUGCCUCCAGGUCGACCCUGAUGAGAUGGAAGAUCGUUGCGAGGAUGUGCGCGGAGAAUAAUUUCUCUCCUCUCGUCUUGUAUAAUUGCAGCGCAGAAAUAUCCUCUCUUGAGCUUAACAGAGUCACUAACAUCACUGCCCUUUUUGUAUAACCUACAUUUAUGGAAAUCCACUACCGUAAAAGCGCAUUUUAAUAACAACAACAACAACAAAAACCGAGAGAGAAGAUCAUGGAGAGCAGAAGAACACACAGGCAUUUCUUAUAUUUGUAGCAAACUCGUGAUUUGGAAAUAAAAACUACUUUAAGGCACAGUACACAAUUAUAGACUAAA